AUGAGGUUUAAGACAUGUGAGCACAAAUACAUCCUGAAAGCAAACAAUGAUACGGUGAUUAGUUUUUCGGAUCAAGAUGAUUCCAUUUUUCCGAAAAACAUGUUUCAAUUUAAGGAUUUUGGAUCCUUAAAGGCUCCAGGAGGUGUUGAUUGUAACCAGUUAAUUGAUUUGAUUGGUCGUGUCGUUUCCAUUCAUCAGCCAAAAGAUAUUCAAGUUAAACAAAAUUCCCAAAGGUUGAUUGAUUUUGUUAUUGAGGAUUGUAGGGAAAGUCGAUUGACCGUAACCUUAUGGGACGAGCAUGUGGAUUCCGUUUUGCCUUUUUUUAAUGUUGCUUUAACAGACCCAUUGAUUGUUAUACUACAAUUAUGUAGAGACAGGGUCACUGAUGAUAUUCAACGCGAUUGGUACUUCAUUGCAUGUAAGAAUAAGGGUUGUGGGAAGAAACUUCAAGAAAUUAAUGAUCAAAUGUAUUGUAAGUCAUGUGGCCAAGAGAGUCCUCACGAAAUAAUUAAGUAUAAAUUGGUUAUUGAUAUACUUGAUGAUGAGCAAGAUGGACAACUAAUUCUUUGGGAUAAUGUGUGUUCGCCUCUAUUAGGGAUCACUGCUAGCGAGUUAAAGGGGAAAUAUUCUGAGGAGGGUUGUAUGCCCAAUGAGAUUGAGGGAUUAAUUGGAAAGACCAUGAAGUUCAGGAUAGUUACAAGAGAGGAUCAAUUUAAGUACAGAGGAAAUGAUGCUUUUACUGUUCUAAGAGUGCAAGCUGACGAAGCAAUAAGCAAUUCUUUCAAAAAGGGAGAACAAGGCAGUGUGAUUAGGAAGCUUGCUGCAGAAAAAGAAUUCAAUGAAAAUUUUGGACAAGGCAUUGAACCACUAGAAGUUAUAACUUCGUCUAAUCCAGAAGUAAUCAUUCUUGAUGAAAGCACUCCUGAGCAGCAAUCUUUGAAGAGAAUAAACAUGGAUUGUUCAUCAUCUUCAAAGACUUUGAAAAAGCCUAAGAAUGAGCCCAACCCAUUCUAG